AUGUCAACGAAAAAGCGACCACCAUCCCCACAAAAAAAUGAAGAUUUGGAUAAACUAAUCCAGCAGCGAGAAACUGUAGUGGCCAGUAUCUUGCGUAUUAAAAAAGUAAUAUCGGAAAAAAUUGUUGAUUUAAACCCUGUAGAACUGGAAUGUAGGUUGGACAUUCUCAAUUCAUAUAUUAAACAGGCCAUGACUUGCCAACAAAAAAUAGAGUGUAUCAACGAGCUUGAUGUAUUUCGGCCAGAUCUAGAAGAAAUCUGCGUUGCUUCGAAAUCAAUGUUUCUACAGGCGCUAGGUAAAAAUCGCAAGUCUAGUAUCCCUGAUACUUCGCAUGAAUGCAGCAAUCAUCGUUCCAGGCUGCCAAGUAUGCGUUUACCUAAAUUUAGCGGGAAACAUUCUGAGUACAAAAACUUCAUAAGCCUUUUUGAAAGCUUAGUGCACAAUGAUCAGUCGCUAACUGAUAUUGAAAAAUUCAAUCAUCUCAUUUUGUGUUUGUCUGACGAAGCUCUUGGUACAGUUAAGGCAUUUCAACUCACUGAAACUAAUUACUCAAAGGCAUUAGCUAGUUUAAAAAGAGUUUACGAUAACACUUGUCUAAUCUUUUUCGAUAGUAUCUCGCAGCUUUUUGAGCUGCCAGAAAUGAACAAGCCAUCUGCUUCUGUAUUACGCAAUAUCAUAGAUACUGUUUCUGCCAUAUAUGAGUCCCUAUUGUCAAUAGGAGAUGAUAAGAACAUUUCAAAUGCGAUUCUUAUUCAUUUAGUCAUGUCAAGAGUCGAUGCCGCCACGAAAUCUAAAUGGGAGGAGCAAUUAGAUUACAAUAAGCUGCCGCUCUGGUCUGAUUGCGAGACUGCGUUAAAUAAGCGAUACCAACACAGGCCAAAACAAGACAACUGGCAAGGUAAGAAUGUAAAAUCGUCACUUAUGUGCAAGAAAAAUAGUUCGCAAGAGGAAAGUAGAUGUUUGUUCUGUAAUGCGAAGGAACAUGUAAUAAAUUCAUGCUCCGCCUUUGCUGCCCUCUCAGUUACUGAACGGUUCAAUUUCAUUAAAUCAUCUUCGGCAUGCAUAAAUUGUCUCAAGAAAGGGCACACGGUAUCUAGAUGCAAGGCGUCACGCUGCAGAGUGUGUAAUCGGUCGCACCAUACUCUUUUACACCAAUAUUCUACUAACACUCCUCAAACAGGUUUAUCUUAUAAUCCAGAACAACCUAUUAUUUCUCGUGCCUCUGUGAAUCAUAGCUCAUCGAAUGACGAUCAAAUUAUUCUAGCCACUGCAGUCAUAACCAUUCAAGGAAGAUCUGGAGAGUAUCAGCUGGCCAGAGCACUGCUCGAUUCCGGUUCUCAAGUCAACCUUAUAACCGAGGAACUUGCACAACGACUGCAACUAAAAAAAGAAGCGAAAACUCUAAACCUAAUUGGCAUUGGUGAAACAAACUCCACAGUACGGCAAAAAUUACAUGCCACUGUGAGAUCACGUAUUAACUCUUAUGAGUUUUCUACUGAUUUUUGGGUAAUGCCUUCAAUCUCCACUUACCAACCCGACAAAUUUGUGUCAAUGAGUAAUUGGAAUGUCCCUUCCAAUCUUUCACUUGCUGAUCCACACUUUCACAAACCGCAAAAGAUAGAUCUUCUAACUGUUGUCGAUUGGACAAAUAAAACAAGGUACUAA